AUGGGAACAGAUGCAAGCGAGCGAUAUUACGACAAGCUGUCAAAGGCAUUGAGUGCCGUUCUUCGGCACACCGGACGACAAGAUGGCCUCUACUUCACACGAGGUGGUUUCGCACGCAUACAGGACAUCUUCGAUCUGCAGCUUUUGCGGUUGAAAGCUGUGCAUCCGGGACAUGUCUACGACCUUGCCGAGACUAGCUUCCACAAGGAUGGGUGUCCCAGGUUCGAAAUACACACCGGACCAGAUCAACAAGAUUGGGUUCGCUCAAGGAGGAGGCACUCCAUGGCGGGCAUUCGGGCAUCGCUCCAGGCGGAGAUAACCUGGCAGGAUGUGGACGAGGCAAAAAGGCACCGCAUGAACCUGGCCGAGCAGCAAAGACGAGAUCUGGACGCCGUUCGCACAUGGUGGCAAGAUUCGCCUCAGGCUGCGAAUGAGGAUCAGAUUGGAGCAGACAGGGCAAGACUCGACGCUUCCAGCGUGAUUCUCGCAGAGCUUGCACAACCUCCGGCGAUUACUUCUGACGUGGUGGGCAGAGCGACCUGCGACUUCAGCGGUGCGGAGUUCGCUGACGACACACGCGACGAAUCUGCGUACUUGACUCUUCAGAAGGGGGAGUACGUGAUUAACUUUGGCCACGGGCAAGACGGCUGGUGUUGGGGCAGAACACUCGUGGGCGAGGAAGGCUGGUUCCCGCAAAUCUUCUUCGAGCCGGCUCAGACAUUGCUAGAGGCAGAGGUUGAAGAGAGCGCAGCCUCACCAGGCACGAGUUGGGAGGACUACAACCAGGCUACACCGGGAAGUGUGGGACCAGUUCCAGAGCAGCCACAGCCAGAGCCUGACGACUUGCCCCGAGAAGCACGGCGGCAAUCAGCUGGCGAAAGCCUUUUCGGCCCAGGAACAGCCACUUCAGAAGAUUCGGAAGCUGCAAGACCAGAUCCCUCGGAGAAUGCUCCGCUUUUUCAAGCAAGCUGGCCGUCGCCGCUGGGUCCUCCAACAUCCUAUGGACCAAAGGCCCCAGUUCCAAGCUGGGCAAAGUCUGCCAGUCAGCCUGCAAAAGCACCGCCACCGCCGCCACCUGCACGAAAGGCCCCUCCCCCACAGCCUCCUCGAGGUUCGCCCCGGCCAUCGCGCACCCUGCAGCCCCCGCCGCCUUCUCGACACCAGCCCGCUGAGUACCCCUGGAAGCAUCCUGAAGCGCGAACUCCAGCCCACCACGCCUCUCCGUUGAGGCCGAAUGUGGCGAAAGAGACUGCGCCUAGAAACCCUGCUAGCUCUAGCUCCACUGCUGUGAACCCGUCUGUGGUUCCUCCAAGCUCGGCUGCCUCGAGAGCAAGCGAGAGGUGGGAAGACGGCAGCGACGUGUCUGUGUUCACGAAGUUGCAUGAUGUGGACAACUCCGCCAGCUCCUCUGCUGUCGACCCCUACGUCACUCCUCCGAGUUCUCUGCCCCCGAAGACACAUGAGCCGUGGGAGGGUGGAAGCAAGCUGCCUGCUUCGAGCAGCAGUUCUUGGCAAAGCCAGGCAUAUCCACUGCAAGCGAAGCAAAAACAACCGGAAACGUACAGCCAGCUUGAUCGAAGACAUGUGAUGCCACAAAGAGGUUCGAGCAAUCCCUCCUUCGAGGGAUGUACUUGGCAUCACCAUCGAGGAGAUACGAUGGGAAGGCACGGUAGUGCCACAGUUCCGAACAAGAAACUUAUUGCUGCAGACGAGCGGUCGCACAACGCCCGAGGCCAUGACGCCUUGCAAGAACCCGAGGCCGGCACGCGACGGACACGACAGCCUGCCUCAUCGCCACAACCCGAGGAUCCAGAGCCAGACACAGGACUUCCCCCUUCGACGCACCAAACUGAUGUGGUCGACACAGACACAGCCAGCAGACGUGGCAACGCAUCUUUUGCCGGCUUGAGCAAGCACUUCGUGCAUCCGACCGACGCGACACAAAGCGAUCGCCAAGAUUGUUAUUCGGCUGGGAACCGUGAAGAAACUGAAGGUCCAGUAUGCCGAGAUGCUGGUGAGGGUGUGGAAGCAGCCAAGCGGCAGGCGCCAGCUCACGAAGCCGGAUCGAUCAUUGCCGCCUCAUCUGAGGAUGUAUUGGCUGACGACAACAGUGUGCAUCAGGCCUCCAUGCAUGGCGUGCGCAGUGGAAUGUCCGACGAAGGUAGCUGCCCAGCCAUGGACGAUGGCUAUGAGGACGUGGCAACUCCAGGCCUUGCCGAGGUUGACACACGUGUGGACCUUAGCGGUCGCCCAGCCAAGCUGAACCAACCGACAAGCCAGGUUAGUCAGGUGGCAGCCACGUUGCAAAGGCCAGGCGGCACACCAUCUCCAGAGCAGAACGACGCAGCUGUGCUGGACACGUGCGAGCAGAACGACUUGGCUGGUGAUGAUGAGGAGUUCAUUUACCCACAGCCAGGUCUUGUCAGACAGGCUGACAAGCCGCACAUUCAGCCGUGCAGCGAAGACCGUAUGCAGUCGGUACUGACAAAGAUUUUUAGGGAAACGAACGGCCCGCAGAUUUUCGAGAACAACAGUGUCGCUCGAAAGAUCACAGAUCAAGACACGGUGCUGGAAGUUGACUCCGUCAAGUAUACACAUGAUCGGAUUUCCAAAAGGUUCAAGCAUGGGCCGCAUGCUGGUGAACCUAUCGAACAUCUGGUGCGUGAUAUUACGGAAGGGAGGGUGGACCCCUUGACAGAGCCGAGGUUACGUCUGAAGGUUGUCAGGCACGGCUCGCAGUAUUAUUCAUUGAACAAUCGGCGGCUGCAUGCUCUGAAGGAAGCUCGUGCGACUCACCUCAGUGCACGUGUGUACGACAUGGAUCCGAUUACAGCGAAAUUUCUGAUGGCAUUCUCUACAACAUCUGAUGGGGCUGAUGUUCAGGUCGGAGGGCAUUCACAUGCAUGUCGAGAAGGAGGAGUGCACCACGGUCGAGAUCCUGACAUGCAGGCUUCGCAUCCAGCAGACCUCAACCGUGAAGUGAUCGUCGACAACAAGAGCGUGCAGACGGAUCUUGAGCCUGAUGCACCCGCAGUCCGCGCUCUUCAAGCUCCAAGGCUGCCUGAGAUUUGCAGCGCUUCUGCUUCGUCUUCGUCUUCGGAAGCCUCGAGCCGAAGCCUUGACCGCCUUGACCCAGAGCCUGCAAAUGACGGUCGGAGGAUUCCGACCGAGCGGGAGCUGCUCAGAGUUAAUGCCGAUGAGCCCUUUCCAGAAGAGCUGUCAGAAUUGCGAAGACAUCAUGGCCGUGUGGUGAGCUGUCGAAGUCCGGGUACGCCGGUCAGUCAAGAAGGGGAAAAGGCAUACUUUGACUUCUGCAAAUCAGUCUUGGCUUUGAGAAAGAAGCCCAACAUGAGAAUGCUGGAUCAUUUGGAGGAGAAGGAUAUAGUGAUUGGCUUCUUGCUGCAAAUGGCUGAUAACCGGGAAGCCCACCGCGAACGAGUACGCGAAGUCUUAGAUGCACUUGCACUGUGCGCUCGAUGGUUUGCUGCUCUGGAAUCCAAUGAGGAGCACUUGCAGAGCUACAAAGAGCUUUUGCAGCCCUCGAGGAAGCCACGACCGCGUCAACCUGUCCUCAAGGACGCCACAAGGACCAGCAACCGCCAGAUGGCGGCUCGCGAUAUGUGCGCAGUCUCCAUAGGCGAGAUACUCAAGCAAGUCGAGCAUUGGCCACUAGAACCGGGUGAUCGUGACCGGAGGGGGGAGGAGACCUGGAAAAAGGUCAGAAAGCUCGUCAGGCAUGUUGACAAGACGACCGCUUCCCGUGAGGAACCGGCCCAACCAGCCCAGCCAUCCAAUGGACAUUCGCGCGCAGACGUGAAUGACACCUUGAAGGACUUUCUCACGUUUGCUGCUAUGUUUGCGAGCGAACGGAAGACCUACAAGCGUGACAUCGCCGAGGUUCUGUCGCCCAUUCUCAACUCUGCGCUUGUCCAAGAACUACGCAAGCAGCUGAAGCCUGACGUCUGCAAGGCAUUGAAUGCUCUUCUGGAACACGGCUUUGGUACAAGUGACCCGUGA